GGUUGUGAUGGUGAUGUAGCUCUCAGCUCUGUAGAAUGUUAUCACCAGGCUACAGACAAGUGGACAUACGUUCAACCCAUGGCAUGUGGAAGACAUGCCUUUGGUCUGGUAGAGUUGGAUGGUUGGCUCUAUGCAUCAGGAGGCAGUGAUUUCUCACGUUCCGAAUACAACAGUUUGGAACGCUAUGAUCCAGUCAAGUUAGUAUCAUCACAGGGUUCAUGAGAACGUGUAACUCAAGCUUACAAAAUACUGUUGUGCCUUUACUUUGAAAAAAAAAAGAAAUGAUUACACAAAAUGGUUACUCUAAGCAAUGCAUCGGAAGGAAAAUACAAAAAGUGGAACUAAAUUUCAAUCCUGGAUUAGUGCUAAUUGGCCUUUCAGGAACUGGGCCUAGGAGCGUAAAUGCCUAUUUACAUGAAAAACAAAUCACCUGUUAAAAUUGAACUUUACCUUAGGGUAGUAGGAAAUCAAGUUUCUAUUAAAUUCUUACUUUUUGUUUUUCCCUUGAACUGGGCCUCAAUUUUCAGGUUUGGGCUUUCAAUACUUUUACGGUAUCAGUUUUGUAAAAAAAAAAAAAAAAUUGUAAAUUGUAAUUUGUUUACCCACUGAGCACUAAGGAGUUCAUAGGAACUCGUUGAAAUGUGUCCGUCCGUGUCUUCCAGAUCGAAUUGGAAUUUGAAAGUGUUGGUUUUUAAGGAGAGGGGAAAACCAGAGUACCUGGCGAAAAACCUCUCGGAGCAAGGGAGAGAACCAACAACAAACUCAACCCACAUAUUUGUCUCAUUCUUAAACAGGGUCAGGGUUUAAGACACUGAGUGGCACAUACCCAUCCAAAAUUUAUGAGUGUACCCCCUCCCCCAUGUUCUGUCUAUUAAGUCAAGGGAUUUAAGUAGGUGGGAGUAUGCAUAACAUAGCUGGCUGUAAUCCUCAGGGUUUCAACUUAUUGAUAAAUGAUUUGACUAAAAAUACUGGAAUCCUUCAGUAUAUUGUUUUCUUGUUCAAAUUUUGGCUGCUACAUCACUGGGAUUAGAAAAGAUCAGGAAAGAUGAGAGGAAUUUUUGUAGAAGCAGUCAAAUGAUGCUACCUUGAUCACUGAUUAUCACCACCCUGUGGGAAUCUCUGUGCCUUGUCCUACACUUGUAAGGCUUUCUCAGUUAUUUGGUGCCUGUGGCUGGGCUUCCAGAAUUGCUCAUACAGCUCACUCCAUUUCCUUGAAAAGUGCUCACCCACAUUGCCAAACUAAGAAACUAAACAAGUGGUUACGACUUUCCCCCCUUUCCCUCACUUUUUUAGAUGACAAGGAUAUCAGAAAGACUGCACAGGCCCUUUCUCUUCUCAUAUCUUUAAUCUGUUUAAAAAAGUUAGUUCAUGUCAUCUCCUUCUUCCUGUGCUUGCAUAUUUAAAUAACUUGUUCUUUUAAUUUUUCCAUUUUGUUGAUAAUUGCCCCACCCACCCUUUUGUUAGAAUUUGCCCUGACACUUGAUUCAAGUGGUUAGAAGAUGCAAAUGUUAAACUUUUUUUCUGCUCAGAAAAAUAUAAUUUGGGAAUUUUCCACAAAUUUUCAAGCAGACCAUUUUUAUGAGAAUUCUCAGGGCUGUCAGUAAGACUUCUACUUGCCAGGUAUUUAUGUUACAGGUUAAAAUUUGUUCCCUUAUGUUGAUUCACAAUUUUCUUUGCCUCCUAGCCUUAAUUAUUCAUCAAUUAGGGCUAGGAGACAAAGGUUAUUGAGAAUCAACCUACGGUAAAGAAUUUUAAUCUGAAUUUAAUUUUGGCUAGUAACAUAUACAUAUUAGUAGGUGGGGAUGUUUUUUGGGGUAUAUUUUUCUUUUGUUUCCUAAUUAUGAAAGUAGCCAGGGGUCAUCCUCAUAGUAACCGGGGGAAAUCCCCAGUUCCACGCCCUCAGUGACAGCCCUGAUUCUUAUAAUUAUACUAUUUCAUUCAUUCCUUAUUGUACCAGUAAUGACCACAGGCUAAUACCUCUUUUCAGAGAUGUAUGGACUCACAUGAAACCCAUGAGCACAAUGCGAGAGGGGGUUGCCAUGGUGACCCUAGAUGGAGCUAUUUAUGCCAUUGGAGGUGACAAUGGUGUAUCCAUACUUAACACGGCUGAAAGAUAUGAUCCAAGGCUAGAUCAAUGGAGUGCUUGUGUUCCCAUGAGUUACAGAAGGAGAUACUUUGGAGCAGCAGUACUAAAGGGCAAGAUUUUUGUCCUUGGAGGAAGUGACUAUGAUGAGGAUCACAAUUCUGUGGAGUGCUUUGAUCCUCGAAUGAACAGGUGGCUAUCACUUCCUCCCAUGUUGAUGCGCCGUGAAAGCCCAGGUGUUGUAGCAAUUGAUGACAAACUAUAUGCUAUGGGCGGUGCUUGCGUGAAUGUUGAAACAGAACAGAUUGAUUGUUAUGAUCCUUUAAGUAACAAGUGGGAGGAGUUUACACCACUGCCAUUAGCCAUAGAAGGAAUGGGUGUAGCUGUAAUGUGA